AGUCAUCUGGGCUCAAGCACCUGGCUCGAGCUGGGCCUGCUCCGGGGGAGUCCCCAGCGCUUGAGCCUGGCUCUCUGGCUGCGCACCUGCUGGCCAUGGCGGACGACGAGAGCUAUGGGGAGGACGCCUGGAAGGCGGCCGGCAGCCCUCUGUUCACGAGGCUUUGGACGUACGACGAGAUGUUGACGGUGGAGCGCCCGGGUGGCCGGGGGCGGAAGAAGAAGGGCGUGCACACGGACUUCAAGCGGCCCGAGAACUGGCCAGAUGACGUCGAGGUGGAAACGGGGAGCUGGGUCUUCUGGCUGCCGGAGGGGUGGGCGCAGGGCAUCAGGACGCAGAAAGAGUCCGGCAAGCAGCUGAAAUGCUUCAUGAGCCCAGAGGGAAAGAGGUUCUGGCACAAGCCGGUUAUCGAGAAGUACCUCGGCAGAGAGCUGCCCAAGAUUGAGCCUAAAGUGAAAGAUGAUGACGAUGAGCCGAGGGUGCGCUACGUGACGGACCCCGACGCCAUCCCGAACUGGCCAGAGCCGGAGGACGACGGCAGCGAGUGGUUGCCUCGAGAAUUCAAGAUCGGUUUCCGCCAGCUCCCGCGUGGCCUGCACCGCAUCUACGUGCCACCUGGCAAGGAGGACGUCGGCUUCCUGUACCACAGGCAUUCUGUAAUUGAGUAUCUGGCCGGAAAAACAGACUUGAGCCCUCUCGGCACGUCGAAGACCAUGACAGCCGUUUCCGAGGGGGCCAUGCACCGGAAGAGGAAGGCGGAGCCCAUGUUGCUCGCCACUCUCGCGGACUUCACGCAGAGCGCCAGUUUGCGUGCCGUCAAGCUGGGAGGCUCGGCGGACACCUACGCAGCCGCUCUUAGCGAGGCGCUGCGUGGCGCCACGGGGACCCCGGACCAUGCUGGUCUCGCUGCAGAUGCUGUGGCGAUUCGCGCGAGGCUCGUCACGCGGGGGUUCAUGGACGUCGAGCUGAUCUACGUGAGUUGCGCAAGCGACGGCAAGGAGAAGCACCCGAUCGCCGCGGCGCUGUCGGGCUUCUACCACAGGAGGCCCGACCCCUGGGAGGGCCAACCUCUGUACCAGUCAAUCUUUCUGCAGGCGAGCGCCCGUGCCGGCGUGGCGUGCGGCCACGCCCAUCUGUUCUGGAGCGCAGGCUGCGCCGCCGGGGGCCGGUGGAAGGUGGGCGAGCUGGUGGAGGACGGGCUCGCUGGGUGUAUGGCGCUCUCCUCCGACAGCAGCAUGUCAGGGAAGUGGUUGCUCGCACCACUGGAGUAGCUCCGCGGCCGAGCAAGAAGUGCCCCGUGGCACCACUGCGCAGGGCACUCGCGCAAACUUAGGUCCUAGCCGAUUCGCUCUGUUGGAUCAGCUCCCAGCCAUGGCACCGUGCGGGUUAGGUGUUCGGGCCCAUUCAGGGCGGAGCCGGGGCCAUAGACAGCCCGCUCUCCGCGAGAGCUGUGCCUGUACGAGAUGGAAUGUUGCAUAGGCCAGGUCGGAGGGUAGGCCGUCUGCACUGGGCCACGGCGAGCUGGCUGCUCGCAGCCAGUAGCAGGUUGGAGGCAACAGCAGCGGUGCUGCAGGAGCACGCGGGCGCCCCGGCACAGUCCGAUCACAGAGGGAUGUCGGGUGGACGAGGGGAGGCCGCCGCUCAUCCCCCGAGGCCAUCAAAACCGC